CUAACUGGACUAAGUGGACCAACCUGGACUAACAGGACUGGACCAGAUGCAGUGAACUGGGACCAACUUGUCAGACUUAAAUCUAAGUGGACUGAGCUGGGAGGAGGUGGUGGAGGGUUAAAGUGGACUGACCCAGGCUGAACUGGUCCUUACUGGUUCUUACUGGUCCUUACUGGUGUGAGCUGGUCUGGGGGAAGGGAAGUGGACAGAUGGAUGGUUUCCAAGCGUAUGGGGCAGGGAAGGCGGGCGGUGCUUUUGACCCACUGACCUUCAUCCGACAACCUCAGACUGUGGUGAGGAUCCUCUGCUGGAUCUUCUCCAUUGUGAUCCUGGGCUGUGUUGCUAACGAGGGUUACGUUAACCGGCCUGAAGAGGUGGAGGAAUACUGCAUCUUCAACCGUAACCACAAUGCCUGCAACUACGCUGUCGCAAUGGGAACACUGUGUUUUCUCUGCAGUGCUGCUCUCUUGGCGCUGGAUGUUUAUUUCCCACAGAUCAGCGGCGUGAAGGACAGGAAGAAGGUCGUCAUGGCAGACAUUGGAGUUUCAGUUCUCUGGUCUCUGGUCUGGUUCGUGGGUUUCUGUUUUCUGGCCAAUCAGUGGCAGGUUUCUAAAGAAGAAGACAACCCUCUGAAUGAAGGAGCUGAUGCUGCCCGGGCCGCCAUUGUCUUCUCCUUCUUCUCUGUCUUCACCUGGGCUGUCCAGGGUCUGCUGGGGCUCUACAGGUUUAAACUGGGGGCCAACAACGUCACCUUCAAUCAGGACUACGUAGACCCUAACCAACAGAACCCUCCUGAAGCUCCUCCCACUGAGGAGUAGAGGCACCGCCCAUCGACGAGUAGAGGCUCCGACCACCCAUGAGUAGAGGGGGGGCUUGAACAGUGAUACAUUCUGGGUAGUUGUGUAUGGUGAUAGGUCAUAUUUAGGAAACAGAAUUGGACUAAAAAAUCACCAGGUUUAUAGUCCAAUGAUGUCACUCACCAGGGGGCGUGUACUCUCCGUCAGUAGCAAUUCAGAGUUCAGAACAUGAGUGAAGAAUAAACAGUCUUAAAACUUUGAUUUUAAACGCACACAGAGUUCAUUGGAAAGAAAAUCAUUUCCUCCCAACAAUGCUACUUUGUUAGCAAAAUGUGCUAACUAACCAACUAAUGUUAGCCUGUAAGCAGCAAAGGUUAGAUAGCCAAUCAGACAAAUCAGAUGAAGUUAGCCACUGAGCUAUCAUUUACUAUCAUUUACACACUGUGAACUGAGUCAGACUUGAACCAUGUGUUGAUCUGGUUCAGUGUGACAUCACUUCCUGAUGAUGUCAUUAUC